CUUCCUGGGGUGAAGUGAGGUGAGGACGGUGAGCCAGUCUAAAGAGGAAUAUUUAAAGACUUGAUUCAUUUCAAAACUGUCACACAGACUUCACGGAUACACAUCUAAGCUCCAGCGACAGAGGACAGAGUUGAAGAGUUGGAGCGUCAUCGUUGGCGACAAUGCCUCUUGAACAAGACCAGCAAGUUUCACCCGUCACACCUCCUCCUGAUGAUUCACUGACGGACGAACCUCAGACCAGAGCGGACCUCUUAAAAUAUUAUUGUCACCUCACCCUGAACCCAAACACAGCAUACAGAGAGCUGCUUCUGUCUGAGGACAACAGAAAGGCAGAGCUCACAGAUUUGGUGCAGCCGUAUCCUGAACACCCAGACAGGUUCUCUCACCUCUUUCAGGUGCUGUGUAAUGAGGGCCUGUCGGGACGCUGUUACUGGGAGGUGGAGUUUGAAGGGUCUGUUGAAGUAGCAGUGGCGUACAAGGAUCUCGGCAGAUCAGAUUAUUUUGUCGAGUGUGCGUUUGGCUACAACGACAAGUCCUGGAGUUUAGACUUAAACAAUAACGAUAAAUGUUUCAGACACAAUGAUGAGGAGACUGCAGUGCCGGAGCCUCAGUCCUCCAGAGUCGGUGUGUACCUGGAUUAUAGGGCAGGUAUUCUUACCUUCUACUGCGUCUGUGACGCGACACUGCAGCUGAUGCACAGCGUCGAGACCACGUUCACACAGCCGCUCUACCCUGGCCUGUGGUUGGCAGGCGGCGUCCAGCUGUGUGACCUGGAGUAGCAGUUCCUGCCAAUAUGUGUCCAGUCAGUCUCAUGUCAGCAAAUGUUGUUGUCUCUGGUGAUAUUGUACAGCAGUGGGGAUGAGCAUUAUUGUUUUCAGCAGGAGUGUGAAUGCCACAAAACAUCAAGCCUAAUAACAGAAUGGAGGGAAUACAAAGCCUUUUUUUUUUUUUUUAAAUAUCAGAAAAAAAUUAUUUGUUAACUCUAAUUUGACUGUCAGAUUCAAAUAAAUCACAACAAUAAUUUAUCUUACAAGAAUCAUUUUCAUUUAUUUUCAUUGUUAGCCAAGCUAAUGCCUCCAGGAAUGACACUGUCAGUCCACCACUGUGGUCCAGACUGAAAUAUCUGAACAACUAUUGAACGGAUUAACAUGACACUUUGAGCAGACAUUCAUGCUCCCCAGAGGAUGAAUUCAAGUGACUUUGGAAAUCCCCCAACUUUAUCUUGCAGCUGUCAUCAAGUCAAAGUGAAACAUUUUCCAAUACUUUGGUUCAUCAGUCUUACCUUUUGUGUUUAGCGAUAAUUAGCAAAUAUUAGCAUCCGAACACACUGAAGUAAGAUUGUAAACAUUUUCUGCUAAACAUCCCUGUUAGCACGAUGAUGUUAACAUUUAGCUCAAAGCACUUCACUGUGCUGCUGGCAUGAAUGUAGACUCAUGUAUUUAGUGUAGCUGUUUCUGCUCGAGAGGUCUCAGAUUUGUCAUGGUAAACAACAAUUCUUCGUAACUCAAGUUAAAACUGAUUGAGAAUUUAUCAGAUUUUAAUUAAGACAUUAACAAAAUUAAAAUGGUUACUUUGAUAAAAAAAAAUACAUAUCCAUAUCUGUCUAUGUCAUACCGCAUGUUGUGAUGCAAAAUAAGCAAUUUUACUUAUGUGAAAAUGUGUCAAAAUUUCUGGGGCAACAAAUAUCUGAGUAAAUAACAAUUGAAACCGUUGCAGAAGAGCUGAGUUUCAGUAUCCUGCAGAACUGUAGGAUGGAAACAGUGGACAGUAAUUGGGUUGCAAUAACUGUGGUUCAAAUCUGCUGUUACAGUUUUCAUUAAAUUGAAGUAUGUUGAUAAUUGAAAGAAACUAAUCCCCCAGACACUGAACUGAACCGAACCAUAAAUGUUUAAGUGUAAUGAAUACAUGAGAAUAGAUGCAGAUGACAAUUAAGGGGCAACUACCAAUGUGCAAGUGUUAAACUUAUUUGACACAGUAGUGGAGACUGGGCCACAGCACAAACAUGUCAUUACCUGUGUUGGUACGCAGACAAGAAUUAAAAGUAAUUUGUAUGGAGUUUAUUACGUCAUUACAGUUUCAGAACAAAUACAUCCUUUAAUUUAUAUUUUUGGCACUUAUUUUCAGACUAGCAGAAAUGAUUUUUGACUGAGAAGCGAGAAUAUACUGAUGGCACCAAAUAUGAAAUGCCGUGGAACAACAGACUAAAAAUCCUUCCAGCUCCAGAGCAUCAGUCUGUAGCUGACCCUGACUUUUGACCUCCUCGUGGAGGUGAACUGAAGUAAAUUUCCUUUUGUAGACCAUCAUUACUGAGUCAUGUAAAUGUAAACAAGCAUUACUGGUGUAUUGUUGUAACCGUUGUUGGUGUAAAAAAAAAAAAAAAAAAAAUCACACAAGUGCA